GGGACAUGUAGGCCCAUGGUGCAUGGUCCCCUGCACGCCUGCACGCAGCAGCGCAGGUACCACCAGAUCUGCCCCUCCUAAGAACCGGGGGAAGGGACAGGCCCGGUGGCACUAGGGACGCAGAGUCAGGGAGGGGACAAGGAGAGGGCCCGCCCACCUUGCUGGCCCCGCCUCCCUUCCUCUCCCCCUCAGCAACCUCUGGGAAGCCUCUCUGACCCCGUCACUGCCUGCUGCUCUAGCCCCACCUCCGCCCAGGAUCAGCGGGAGGCAGUCUUCAGUCACUGUCACUGUCACCAUGGGUGGUGCCUGGCGCCACAGUGGGAAGGCCUGCUGUCACCUUCGCUGGGCCGUGAGGAGCAUGGUCUGGCUCCCGCUGCCCCUUCUCCUGGUGCUCGUCCUGCCUGGGGCUCUGGGCGCCCAAGAGGUGCAGCAGACCCCCCGCUAUGUGGUCGCCCCGGAGGGGGGCUCCGUGAGCCUCACCUGCUCCACCCGCGGGCCGCUGCUGGGGCUCUACCUGGAGCCGCACUGGCCCCGGGUCGCAAACGCCAUCUACUACGAGGACGGGAAGGAGCCCACCGUGGAUGAGCGCUUCCACCGCCGUGUCAGCUUCUCGGGGUCACAGGGCAACCUGACCAUCACCCUGCACCACCUGCAGCUGGCUGACUCGGGUGCCUACACCUGCCAGCCCAUCACAGAAGGCCAUAGCCUUAGCCCUAGACCGAAAGCCAGCACGCUGGUCGUGGUGACAGAAAAACCGUCUGGAGGGGCACACAGAUGCCAAGAGUCCCUUGCCCUCCCGGCCGGCCUCGCUGUGGUCUCCUUCCUCGUCGGGCUGAGCCUGGGUCUGGUGUGUGUGCUCAGAAGGACACAGAUGCAGGACGCCUGUCGGCGGACAGACAGACGCUCGGCCUGCGUGGUGUAUGAGGACAUGUCCUGUACCCGCCCCAACGCGCUGUCCAGCCCCAACCUGUACCAGUGAGCCGGCGGGCACCGUGGGCCCUGCCUCGCCGCCCCAAGCACUGCCCGGUGGAGCUCGCCAGGCCCGGCCAGCCCAGCCGGGCUGGGAGCCCCCUUCAGGAAGCCUCCGAGGCGACGAGUCUGUACCAGGGCCAGGCGGGCUUCUCCGUUGGGCCAGCUCUAGCCCUGGGCCUCUCGCCCUCCGGCAGGCGCCCAAGCCAGGGCGGCCCAGCAGAGGGGUGAGAGGAGCGCACCUGCCUUGGCAGAAAUAAAACACUGUUCUUCCCUG